AUGCGUAGAGAGUUGUCUCUGCGACUUAAAGCCCCGACCACAGCCAAUACAAUUGACUGUAUUAUCCAUAAUGUGAAGAUGGUGGAUGCUCGGAGUGAGGCAUGCGGUGAUCCGCCAUAUGUACGUGAAAGGGAAUAUGAAAAGACAUUGAAUGGUGACAAAAGGUUAAGAAGAACUAGGAUUACCUCCGGCAGGGCAACCUUGGCAAAAUGCUUGGACUCCAGUUUGGGUGGCCAUCAACAAGAUGCAUGCAAAUGGAGAGUGCGGGCUCCGGGGGUAGCAAGUGCGAUGUUGAAAAAGAUGGUUGGCAUGCCGAAAUCGGAGGGUGAAGAUGCAUGCCUGAAGUUCAGGCAAGUCCUAGAACAAAAUAAAGUGAAGGAGAGAGAAAUUCAAAAACUCACCAAAGUCGGCUGCGUUAGGGCGACACAAGUGGAGGGUGGGGGCAUGCAAGGGCAUUGCGGAACACACAAGUCUAUUCUCGUUAACGGUACCGACCAGGUCAUCAUCCAUGACAAUGUCAUUGUCAUGGAGAUUGAAAACCUCCUAACUGGUUGGCCAACUUAUGAGAUUAACUUUAUGCCCGAGAACCCGGGCCCAUUGAAACUAAUCAUCUGCCUCAAAGACCCUGUCAAAAUGGUUCACAUCAAAGAUUCUACAGAUAGUGAGGUGAACUUGUUGAUCCCAGGCAAUCACAAAAGGAAAAAGACCUCGUUGACCAAUCACGAGAGCAAGAAGAUCAAAAUGUUUUCAGCCGAUACCAUCAGGAUCACGGAAGAUCUUGGACGCCUCAAGAUCACGUCCCAGAGUUCCAGAAUUAACUCUGUCAAAGCAAAGCCAGUGCGCUUGUUGGGAGCCCGCAAAAAUCCUCCGUCACACAAACUCAAAUUCAAGAGUAGCACCGAUUGGCCACCCCAACGCCAUCACCGUUUCAGGGAUGUGGUAGAUAAGGAUUCCGUUGCUGAUUUAGAUUUUUUGCAAGCUUUGCCUGCUCCUGUUGCCGCAGACUUAGAUUAG